CUCAGCUCACUGGAAUGACGUGCGUGAACGUUCCCAUCGCUGCUCACGGCAACGUCAGCGGAUCUAAGCCACGUUCAUUAAGAAGAUGGACAGCUAUGGGUUCUCCAGUGAUAUGUUCAGUGGCAGAGCAGUUCUGGGGGAGGACAGCUCGGUCAUGGCCCGCAUGCAGAAGAAGUUCUGGAAGACCAAACAGGUUCUGAUCAAGGCCACCGGGAAGAAGGAAGACGAGCAUGUGGUGGCAUCUGACGCGGACCUUGAUGCCAAAUUAGAGUUUUUCCGUUCAGUCCAGAACACUUGCACAGAACUCCUAAAAGUGAUUGAGAAAUACCAGCAAAGAAUCACACAUCUCUCACAAGAAGAGAAUGAGCUUGGAUUGUUCCUGCGCUUCCAGGCAGAGCAUGAUAAAACAAAAGCAGGCAAUAUGAUGGACGCCACGAGUAAAGCCCUUUGCUGUUCCGCCAAGCAAAGGUUGGCUCUGUGUACCCCUCUCCAUCGAUUUGAACAGGAAGUUGAGACAUUCCGGAGGAGAGCCAUCGCCGACACCCUGCUGACAGUAAGCCGGAUGGAGAAAGCCCGGACUGAGUAUCGCGGAGCUCUGCUCUGGAUGAAGGAUGUCUCACAGGAACUAGACCCAGAUACUUACAAACAACUGGAGAAAUUUCGCAAGGUUCAGGCCCAGGUAAGAGGAACAAAAGUGCAUUUCGAUAAGCUGAAGAAUGAUGUUUGUCAGAAAGUGGACAUGCUGGGAGCCAGUCGUUGCAACAUGCUUUCACAUUCGUUAUGCACUUACCAGACAACGCUUCUACACUACUGGGAGAAGACUGCACAUGUGAUGUCUGGCAUCCAUGAGGCCUUCAAAGGAUAUGUACCCUACCAGUUCACGACCCUCAAAGAACUGAGGGACCCACUGGACCAGAUUGCCUCUGCACAUCCAGCAGAAGACACCAAAGACGAGGACCAGAAGACAUAUUCAGACAAUCUUGUUUCGCUUGAAGAUGAAGAGCUGGGAGAAUCAUCUGAAACUGUUUCUACUCGUGCAGUAGAUGGACAGAGUAGAGGGUCUGACGGUUCUUUGUGUGCCAGUCUGGACUCUGCAGCCUUGAAUGAACAGUUAGGCCCCAUUGGUGGAUCUAGCACAGAUGACGACCUUCUGUUAAUGACCCCUGACCCUGGCUCAGUCCCUUCUCUUACUCCAACCUUGACCCCGACCCUACAGCCAUCUAUGUCACCUGCUAUUCAGUGGGACAUAGGCACCUCAUAUGAGGAAAAGCAAGAUGCGUUACACAGCAGCUUACGACCUGAAAUAGGCAGGGAUUUUCUGUCUGAGGCUUUCCAGUCCGUCGAAGGAAAAGAAGAGGAGGGAGAGCGAGGGGAACUGGCAUUCCUGCAGGAUCUGCUGAGUCCUGGGGCUGCAGGUGGCGCUAGUGAGUUCAGUAAAGCGUGGCAGGAUGCUUUCGGCAGUUUUGAGGCCCCUCCUGCACCUCUUGCUGCCACCACACUGCAAGCAGAAACGGCGAACACACACGCUGGCUUCCUGCCAUCACAUCUCCUGGACCAUAGCCUCAGCACCACAGGAUGGGCGACUCCACCUAUGUUUCAAGCCCCACCCCUCCAACCACCUUCUAGUGGAGGACAGUCUCAGCCCACAGCAAACACUCCAAACUCUUCUGCCAGUGCACCCAAAGGAAGCUCCAGGGACAUGUCUGCCUGGUUUAACCUCUUUGCAGAUCUUGACCCUCUGUCCAACCCAGACGCUAUUGGACGCAGUGAUCAGGAGUUUCUCAGUGCCUGAGUAGUGUUGGUAAUGGUGGAAAGAAGUGCAUAUCCCAAGCCUUUAUUUGGAGCUGGAAUACUACCUCUCCUGAAAUGAUUCAACCUGAGCCAAGGAAGCGUCAUGAAAUCUGAAUCUAUAUUCCACACUGGAAGAUUUCCGAGUUAUGGGAAUGUCUCUUUCCUCCUUUCUUUCAUUGUGUGUGUGUGUGUGUGUGUGUGAAUGAAUUUACUAAUGUACAUUAGGACACCGAAGGGUAAAAUGAAGACUUCAUUGCUAUAUCACUAAAAUGUUGUUACUAUAUGAAGUGCACAUGUUUAAAGGGACAAAAAGGUCAGGAUUUGCCCAUCUCUUAUGUGGAGGGCUGGUUUGUAUAGGACCAAAAACCUAAAUAAGUGUGUGUAUACUACAUAUCUGUUUGCUUUGUACAAUAGAGGAGAUUUUAAUGUCCAGAAACAGGGUUACAGAUUUAUAACAUCUAUUAAAGACUGUAUUUUUAAUCAAGAAAGAUACCCAAAGUUGUUGAAGUUAUACAUAAAUCACUUAAAAAAUAUUUUUGAAGUCACAUUCACUGGAUUAGUUUAACCCUAAAUGAUAAAAUAAAUUAAAUUAUUUAUUAAUACAAUUUAAAAAAGUGUUACUGUAAACUACAUAUGCAAGUGGUGUGCUGUGCCAUUAGUUUGGUAAUAAUGACAACAAGGUCAGAUUUCAGUGGAACUAAUAAUAGGUGAAGCAUUAUUGUUUUCAAUGACAAAUGCUGAAACACUCUCUCCCAAAUGUUCUUCUCAUUUACACAGAUGCAAAACACUGGAAUGUAUUUUUUACAUAUUUACAUAAAUACAUUUGCAUUUUUUUUAAAUGUAUUUUUAGUUUGUAUGUCACAUUUAGCACAGAAUUACGUAACUAUCCUAACAUCAGAAAACAUUCACAUUUCAUUUUAUCUCAGAUUAUCAUAUUUGGGCUCAUAGGUCAUCAUAAGUGAGUUUAUCUGAAACUAUUACUAGUCUUAUUUGCGUUAAAGAAAUCAAGUGAAUGCUUGCACUAAACUGUCUCCGAGUGCAAUCUCGGGUAUAGUUCUGGAAAGUAUGUUUUAUGUUUUAAGUAUACACUUGUUUGUUGAUCUGAAUAGUUUGUGUUGGUGGAGAAUCUGAACAUUUCUCAAAGGAUAUCUCUCCUUCUGUUUUGUGAGUGCAGUUGAACAUUUUGAAGUGUCACUUUCUGUAUAUGAGAAAUGUGUUUGGAACUAUAUGUUGAGAUAUGUUUACUUUGAAAGAAAAAGAAUGUACACCAUUCACAGCUGCUUUCAUCUGUUUAUUUUAUGCAACUUUGCCUUUUGUUUCAGUUAAAAAUAAUGUACUUGUACAAUUUCAUUGAUGGAAACUGGAAUGUGGGAGAUCUUGAGAGCAAAUAAAUUUGAGUAGAAUUG